UCUCCGUGGGGCGGUGGGUGGUCUAGGAUUACGUCAUUCCGAGUUAUUUGCUAUAACGCAGACCCAUGGUCGACACUGUCAAGUCCUUCUCCAGUCCACUGCCUGGGCUGAGCAGCACCAACUGCAACAUGACCAUCGACGAGACGAUGGGAGACCCCGCCAUGACCAAACUCUGGGAGUCCGCCAUGCGCGAGCAGUGGCGACGUGAGCAGCAGCGGGCGCGGAUGAUCAAGUGGCGGAAGCAGAAGAAGGAGCGAGGCGCCAGUAUGCAGCAAGAACGACUGCGUCUGGAGAAGGAGCUGGAACACCGGGUGCUCGAAGCGCGCAUGAGGUCCGACCUCAAUCCAGAGCAGUCACUUGGCGACGCGUUCCGGCAGGUCACCAUCGAGUGCGCAGCGUUACAGCGAGAAAACCUGGCGCUGAAGGAGGCGAUCGCGCUGCAAAGCAAGUUCGAGAGGGUGCUGCGUCUUGAGGGGCAGGAGUUUGGGGCCUUUAGCUCCCAAAAUUCAAGUCAAGAUGCCGAGGAGACGCCACGCCAUGGCGACGAGGACGGGUGGCGAGUAAGCUUCCCGAACAACGAGCCGUCAUUCCACUUCAGCCCGUUCUCCAAGGCCGAAUUCGACGGUAUCCUGUGCCACAGUGACAUCGCGUAUGGAGAGCGCCAUCCGUGCACUGCGACUGUGGGAAAGAUUCUGGGCUGGACGGUGGACUACGUCCCGCUCACUCGUAACGAAGCAGGAACAUCGUUUGUGGCGCACGCUACGUUCACAAGACGCCUCCACUGCUCGCUCGACGUGUCUGAAAUGAUCCUGCCGCGGAUGGAGAAGAAACUGUGGCCCGUUCUGGUAGCGCCUCGAAGUUGGGGACGCGUUCAGACCGGGGAAACGAGCGUCCAAGUGCUGCAGAACUUCCACCAGGACGCCCUCGUUAUAGUGUGCAACAUCCCAGGUGAGGUGAACCUCCGCUACCUCGCUCUCGCUCAGCACUCGAGAGAGCGGAGAUCGGAUGGCAAGCGCGUGGACAAGUACAUCAUGACGAUAGCUGAUUCGACCGCCAACAAGCGGCUGAAGAUGCGCAGGAAAGCGUGCACGCGGCAAGACGUGCAGUGGAUUUUGGAAGGAGGGGCCACGACGGUGCUCACGGAAGUAGAUGAAUCGACGGUGGAUGUGGCAUAUAACCAAUGGGGCACUUGCUUGAGUGAAGCGCAUGGCCGAGAGCUCUAUAUCGAGUGGGUUCGCUUUGUAGAGAAGCUGGAACAGAUCGUAUCCCCAGCAAGGCUGCUCAAACUUUAG